AUGCCUAUUACCGAAUUUGACGCUGCCAAGAAAUUGCAGAGAAUGCAACCAACUCAAGCAAUAUACGCGGAGAGUAUGAUUAAUCAAGUACUAACAAAGGGUUUGUUGGGUACUUUAUCACAAGAAACUAAUAUAUCUGAUGGAUUUAAACCACCUCUCUCAACAGACUGCAGCAGUAACAUCUCACGUCCAGCAAGUUCAUGUUCUUACACACCUGGAGAGGUUUGUCAUUCCUGGCAGACGCAGUAUUCACACCACACAGCAACUGCAGUUGCAGAUAAUAAUUUCCAGGAUACUACUGCUGCAUUAUUUUAUGAGAACUCUUCUGAUUUUAUAAACAAUACAAAAUAA